AUGGCGAACAGGGAAGGAUCCGACUCUGAAGAUGACCCAGAUUACCUCCCUCCUGGUGAUGCCGAGUCCUCUUCCUCCGAUGAGGAACCAGACGCGAAGCGUGCUCGCACCAGCUCCCCACAGUCGAAGGAGAUGAACGAGGCGGACAAACAGGAGCUUUGGGCUGCAUUCCAAGCAUCAGUUGCAACGCCUUCUGUGAGGCCUUCGCCGCCCUCGCAGGUCAUGGUGAAGAUCGUUAAGCGCUUCCGCUUCGCCGGAGAGGAGGUUACAGAAACCAAAGAAGUACCGGAGGAUUCUGAAGAUGCCAAGAAGUGGCCCCGCUGGCGACCACCAGAAGGAGAGGAUAACACGGUUUACCAGCCGGAGUCAUCAGCAGUCCAAUCCGGAGACACUACUCCGUCGUCCAAUGCCACUCAGCCUCCGACUACUCCCACUCCUGCAAAGCCCCCUGUUCCUGCAAAAGCAGCCCCAAAGCGUCCUGGUCCUCGCAAACCAAAGAUCACACUAGCUUCGGCUCCCAGAGCUGCGAAGAAGCUAACGACUCUGGACAAGUCCGCCAUGGAUUGGCGUGCGCACGUCGACACUGAAGGGGCAUCAGGCCUCAAGGACGAGCUCGAAGCAAAUAGGCGCGGUGGAGGGUAUCUCGAGAAGGUUGAGUUCUUGCAGAGGGUUGAAGAUCGUAAGGCAGGUGCCCUGGAAGCGAGCACGUCAAAACGCAGACGAAGGUGA